AUGGCGCCAAUUGCACUUCCAAUCUCUCCAGAUAUCAAAGAUACGAUGCAGCCACGGAAAGAUACAUUAGGUCUUCCAGAGCCAGCAAGAAAGAGGCUUGAGAAGGCUGGAAUUGAUCUGACACCUGGCUAUCCGCACCGUCCUGCCAAACCAGUUUAUCUGGACGAUGUUUACAAUAUUCGGAACUAUGACCGCGAGUACAUCGAUCCGGGUUCUCGAGCGGAUCCUGAGAAGAAAGCCCUCCUGUCUGCAGCGAAGGAAGUCAUCCAUCUCACCGCACACAUUGGCACUGAAAUUGUGGGGCUGCAAUUGAAGGAUCUGACUGAUCGGCAGAAGGACGAGCUUGGGCUUCUGAUUGCUGAGAGAAGCGUCGUAUUCCUCCGGGAUCAGGAUAUCUCGCCCCAAGAACAGAAGAAGCUUGGAGAGUGGUAUGGAGAAAUAGAGGUGCAUCCGCAAGUUCCUUCAGUUCCAGGAGUUCCAGGUACAACAGUGAUCUGGCCAGCAUUACAGGCCUCAGAAAUCCCAGCGAACUUCAGGCAAACGGGUGGAGCUUCGCGAUGGCACACUGACCUCGUACAUGAACGGCAACCUGCUGGUGUGACCCAUUUACAUAAUGACACAGUGCCAUCUUUGGGAGGAGAUACUCUUUGGGCCUCAGGUUACGCUGCAUACGAGAAGCUAUCUCCCGCAUUUCGUAAGAUUAUAGAUGGAAAGGAGGCAGUGUACCGCAGUGCCCAUCAGUACCUCGACCGAAACGAUCCAACAGCCGGUCCAAAGCAUAUCGAGCGCACCCAUCCUUUGGUUCGAGUGCAUCCGGCAACGGGCUGGAAAACUCUUUGGGUAAAUCGUGCAAUGACUGUCCGUAUCGUUGGGUUGGACAAGGACGAGAGUGACCUGAUAUUAGGAUACCUGUACAAUGUCUACGAAAAGAACGUCGACAUCCAGGUUCGAUUCAAAUGGACUCCGGGGACAUCUGCUUUAUGGGACAAUAGGAUUACAAUCCACAAUGCUAGUUGGGACUAUGAGGGUCUCGAACCAAGGCAUGGAACGAGGGUGACUGCCUUAGCGGAGAAACCAUUCUUUGAUGAGAAGGCUCCGACGCGGCGACAGGUGCUCGGGUUGGCAGGACCCGGGGAUAUUUAA